CACAAACAGGAAGAAUAAAUCCUGCGGCCCUGACGAUAACGUCAGCUAAACGUGUAUCUCUAUGAGGGAACGUCAAGGAUAUUAUUCAGAAUUACUUCUCACGCAUACUGCUGAAAUGCGCUAAUUCUCACCCCAGGCAAUCGAGUUCAACAGUGGUGUUAAACACUUAUGCGCCGUGUCAUCCGCGGCCCAAGAACGUGUGUGUGAGGGCAGGAGAGAUGGUGGCGCUCCAGUGUCCACGCAGCAUCGACUCUAAUACCGAAGUCAGACUGAUCUGGAGCAGGGCUACCGACCAGGACAGGGUUCUAACCAACAUGACGGCAGAUGAGCAGCAGCAGAGGAGCAUGUCGGUCCACAGAGGAAGUCUUGUUAUCCUCAGUGCAUCUGUGGAGCAUGAGGGCAAAUACUCCUGCACCGUGGGGUAUGGCAGGAAUGGCAGCAGUGAGUUCGUAGUGACGGUGAACUCUGCUGCGUCCAGACGGUGUGAGGACAAACAGAAUUAUUCUCAGACAUGUUUCACGCAGCAGUCCUGCAAAUUAAACUGUCCUGAUGUGAAUGUACCUGUUGUGCACAGUCCUAACAUCACCAGCAAUGGCAUUCAAUGGUAUAAGGUUGGAGAAUCACUACAGAAGGACAAUUACUUCCCAACUGUUGAAAAGCAAAACAGCGGUCUUUACACGUGCGUCAGAUCUUACCAGUACCAGGGUCAGAAAUAUAACAUGACCUUUACCGUCAUACUUGAUGUCCAACCAAAGAAAGCGGAGAAAACAGCUGCGAUUAUUUCACCGCGUGACGACGACGUGAUUCACGUAGAAUUAGGGUCCACGGUGGUGAUUGACUGUACAGCCGUGACCUACUCAGAAUUUGACGAUGUAUCUUGGCUGAUCGGAGAGUUCACUGUGGAUCAAGAUUCCAACUUACCAGUUUUCUUCAACAGCACAAGGAAAAUCGAAGGCGAUGAAAUUCAGACCACAGCGUCUCUCGUCUUCCGGAAAAUAUCAGAAGAUGAUUUAUCAAAGAAUUACACCUGUAAACUGGCGGCUGUUUAUCAAAGCUCAGACUUUGUCACAAUCCAUCUCCGAAAUGCUCAUCCUCAAUAUUUACUGUUGUGUCUCUGCACCGUCUGCAUUGUGGCAGCACUGACUGCGGCGGUGAUUGUUUACGUCCGGUUCAAAAUCGACAUUGUCCUGUUCCUCAGGGACACCCUUGGCUGCCACGCAAAAAUCUCAGAUGAUAAAAGAUACGAUGCCUUCGUGAUGGGUUAUAAAAGCCACGCAGACUCAGGACUGAGUGCUGAGGACAGGAGGUGGCUGGAAAAUGUUUUAGAAGAAAAGUUCGGUUACAGACUCUGCCUGGUUGAACGAGACAUCCAGCCAGGAGAAGCUCUAGCCAAUGCAGUUCUGGACUGCAUCGAGGAGAGCCGGGCCGUGGUUUUGAUCCCCAGCUCUUCAGAUCCAGGUCUGGGGUCUGGUUUGCUGACUGCCAUCCAUGAAGCUCUCGUGGAGAGGCAGACUCGUCUGAUUUUCAUUGAGAGUGAGAUGGGAGAAGGUUCAGCUGCAGGUUCUUUAGCUGAGGCCUUACAGCUCCUCAGUGAGACGGGGAAGUGCGUCACCUGGAGAGGCAGAGGAGCCACGGCUUCAUCCUCCUUCUGGAAACAUCUACGGUUUUACCUGCUGCCUUCACAGAGACCUCGCAAAGGGAGGUUUUUGUCACAGACAUCGUACAACCAGGGUUUAAUUUGAGCCAGAGGCUGUAAGAACAGUAUUAUUAGUCUGUGUAAUGAUGGAAAAAAAAAAACCCAGAACCACCCGCCCACUACACACUGCAUAUGAUUAAGGCUCCUGAUGUUUAAGCUGCACCUAAAAAAAGGUUCCAUUGGCUGUAAAUGACAAGUUCUUGAUGAUAAUUAUUUAAGAUAUAACAUCAUUUAUUCAUAGUAUUUAAAUUACGUACAUUCUGAUUUAGCUUACGAUAAGGAAUUCCAAGGCAUCGACAAACGUAGUUCUCAGAGAGUACAAUUAAAAUAAGUUGGUCUUAACACUCCAGGAUCAUUUUUACCUUUGUUCUCAUCAAGAAACCGCUAUAAUUGGCUGCUAAUUCCUAACAUCCCUUAAUGAAAAGACAAAGACUGACGAUGCAGUUGAGCAGAGCCUGUUACCACCCCACCCCCACCCCCCUCAACCACACACACACAUUCCACCGACACAUUUUUCUGCUGUAAAAUCAAAAGAUGUAAUGAAAAUGAGUCUGAUGGUUUAAAUAGUUUAUGAAUGUUUUUUGUUUGUAUGAGGGGGUGGAUAAGUUUCAUCGUUUCCUUCCAGUUAUUGUUAUUAAACUGUCCUUCCACUCGUGGGAUUAUCUCUUCUA